AUGUCUGAAGCGAUCUCUCGUGGAAGUGGUAAUGGAAAUGACUCUAGUUUUAUCAAAGGGAAGGUGAUAGAUGUGAUAGGGCACGGAACACCGCGGCGUGCUUUGGGUGAUUUGAAAAAUGUAUUUGCGACACCGGUUAGUGUUGCUAUCAAACGAAGAAUUCCAGAAAAAUCUCAAUCGUCAUUUGAUGUAUUACAUGAUAAAAAAACUAAUAAACACGAGAGGAAUGUAGUUUUUGCACCGGAAACUGGAGAUUUCGAUCCAGUGCAAGAAACUGACGAUACUAUCGAAAAGUUUAACUUCGAAGAACAUAUAGAGACAUAUGAAGAGAUAUUUCCUAAACCCGAACAAAGGAUUGAUGUGGCUGAUUUACUGCGCAACGUGCAAACCGAUGAUCGCUUCCUGCGAAGUCUUUUCAGUGAAUUGUUGGAUGAGAACAGUCUCAAACUGUUAAAUGAAAAAAACCCAAUGACAAACGGAGACUGUGACAAAACGCUUACUGAAAUUCUUGGUGGUGAAGUAACCGAGCAAUAA